CCACCCCCGCCCCCGCUCCGGGCUCGGAGGCUGAGGACUCCGGGACCCGACUGCUUCCCGGAGCGAGGAAGAGGACAGCUGGGGGGUCGCUCAAGGGUCGGGGACACAAUCUGGGUCGAGCGAUGACUUUUCAGGGGUGGGGGUGGCGGAGGGGAGAGCCCUCUCAGGGUUCGGCCUGGGUGCCAGUCGCUGAGGGCGAGAGAGGGGCAGCGGUGCCGUGCACCACCCUGGCUACAAAAGACCCCACGGCUGUAGAGAGAGCCAACUUGCUAAACAUGGCUAAACUGAGCAUCAAGGGACUCAUUGAAUCUGCCCUGAGCUUUGGCCGCACGCUGGACUCGGACUAUCCACCCUUGCAGCAGUUCUUUGUCGUCAUGGAGCACUGUCUGAAACAUGGCAUCAAAGUAAGAAAAUCUUUUUUGAGUUAUAACAAAACCAUUUGGGGCCCUUUAGAACUGGUGGAAAAGUUGUACCCAGAAGCAGAAGAAAUAGGAGCUAGUGUCCGGGAUUUACCAGGUCUUAAGACCCCACUGGGCCGUGCACGGGCCUGGCUGCGGCUGGCCCUCAUGCAGAAGAAGAUGGCUGACUACCUGCGUUGCUUGAUCAUUCAGCGGGAUCUCCUGAGUGAGUUCUAUGAGUAUCAUGCACUGAUGAUGGAAGAGGAGGGAGCCGUGAUUGUUGGGCUGCUGGUUGGCCUGAACGUGAUAGAUGCCAAUCUGUGCGUAAAGGGAGAGGAUUUGGAUUCCCAAGUUGGAGUGAUUGAUUUUUCCAUGUAUUUAAAGAAUGAAGAAGAUAUUGGAAACAAAGAAAGGAAUGUUCAGAUUGCUGCCAUCUUGGACCAGAAGAAUUAUGUUGAAGAAUUAAAUAGACAGCUCAACAGCACUGUCAGCAGCCUCCAUUCAAGAGUUGACUCAUUAGAAAAGUCAAACACUAAGCUGAUUGAAGAGUUAGCAAUAGCAAAAAAUAACAUCAUUAAGCUCCAAGAAGAAAACCAUCAAUUACGAAGUGAAAAUAAGUUGAUUUUAAUGAAAACACAGCAGCACCUAGAGGUCACCAAAGUGGAUAUGGAGACUGAGCUGCAGACAUACAAGCACUCUCGGCAGGGGCUGGAUGAGAUGUACAACGAUGCUCGGCGGCAGCUUCGUGAUGAGUCCCAGUUACGGCAGGAUGUGGAGAAUGAGCUGUCGGUACAAGUCAGUAUGAAGCAUGAGAUUGAACUUGCCAUGAAGCUGCUGGAGAAAGAUAUUCACGAGAAACAAGAUACUCUGAUAGGCCUUCGCCAACAGCUAGAGGAAGUCAAAGCCAUCAACAUAGAGAUGUAUCAAAAGCUACAGGGCUCUGAAGAUGGCUUGAAAGAAAAAAAUGAAAUAAUUGCCCGACUAGAAGAAAAAACGAGUAAAAUUACUACAGCCAUGAAACAGCUGGAACAAAGAUUACAGCAAGCAGAGAGGGCACAAACGGAAGCGGAAGGCGAGGACGAGAAGUACCUGCAGGAGUGUCUCAGCAAGUUGGCCAGCCUGCAGCAGCGCAUCGCGCAGAAGGAGAGGCAGCUGGUGCAGCUGGAAACCGACCUGAAGAUUGAGAAGGAGUGGAGGCAGACGCUGCAGGAAGACCUUCAAAAGGAGAAAGACGCCUUAUUUCAGCUCCAAAAUGAGACUGAACAGAUCGUCAGUCUUAAAAAAGAGUUCCUUAAUCUCCAGGAUGAAAAUCAGCAGUUGAAAAAAAUAUAUCAUGAACAAGAACAAGCUCUUCAAGAACUUGGCAACAAACUUAGCGAAUCCAAGCUUAAAAUAGAAGAUAUAAAAGAAGCUAACAAAGCCCUGCAGGGACUCGUUUGGCUGAAAGAUAAAGAAGCAACACACUGUAAGCUUUGUGAAAAGGAAUUCUCACUCUCUAAGAGAAAGCACCACUGUAGGAACUGUGGGGAAAUCUUCUGUAAUGCCUGCUCUGACAACGAACUGCCUUUGCCUUCCUCACCAAAGCCGGUACGGGUCUGUGACUCUUGCCAUGCGCUGCUUAUUCAGAGCUGCUCGUCCAGUCUGCCCUGAGUAGAGCUGGCUCUUGGCCUCCAGAGCUCCUGCAACCCAUUGCGGUUGUGUGACGGACCACUUGGACUUGCCUUCCAGACAGCCCUUGUUCAGCAGCUGAAGUGUCACUUUAACACACCUCUAAACUCACAGCACCGGGCAAUGGGAUGACUUGUUACUAACUCUCCGGCUACCUGGAGUCCCCCACAGCAUGUUGAGAUGACUUAGUGUAAUUACCACGUGAAUAACUGUAACCCUAAGCACCCCAGGGCCCUAAGCGUACCCCGCACACUCUUGCCUUAUGUUGCUGAGGCUGUCUUACAGUAAGGCUGCAGAUUGUUCAUUCCUUCCAGUUGGCAUUUGGUGAUGCCGGACAUUCUCCUACUGCACUUUAAAGCUUUGCAACUAUCAAAGACUGGAAAUGCACACUUUUUACAAGUAUUAACAUAAUUUGUUUUGUUAUUCUGUAAGAUUCAAGUUUAUUUGCUUUUUUCUCUUUUGCAAUAGAAAAGGCUAAUUCCCUUUGGCCCUUUCUACAAUCCGUUACUACUGUGCAUGUUAAUACCCCUUUUUUUUUCUUGGUACCAGGGAUUGAACUUGGGCCCUUGUGUUUGUGAGGCAGGCCAGCAGAAUCAAUGAGGCAAAUCCUUGGCCAAUUUUUUUUGGUACCAGGAAUCAAACUCUGGACCUUGCACUUGUGAGGCAGGCAGCGCAACAAAACUGAGCUAAAUCCCCCGCCCUCCCAGAUGUUGAUUUUUAACAAGGGGUCAGACUCUUAAUUCAGAUAUUACAUAAACCCGUGGAGGCUUGACAGCAGGGAAUGACAGGUUCAUACUUCCUGGUAAACACCUAUUCCCUGGCACACACAUAAUUGCAGCACUCUUGAGUGAUCACAAAUUUGAGCAGAACCUCUGCAACACAAGUGAGAUCCUAACAAUAACAAAAAUAGUAAAAUAAUAAAAACAAAAGGAGUAAGGAUAGAGCUUAGUGUAAUGGCCCUGGGUUCAAUCCCUGGUACUAGGGUGGAAUGGGGAUAGAUGCUCUUAAGCAUUUAAAACAAGGGAAAAACCAAAAUAUUUCCUUUGGCAUGAUAGGAUGGCAGCUGACAGAUGUUUGUUGCAUUGCUAGAAAGCAUUACUGAGAUGACCUGCCGCUGCAAUCCAUGUCCCACAUCCACAGGAGUUCAUCUGCCAAGCACCUCCACAUCAGGGUCUUGGGUAGAUGUGCUUAUUUCAAAGAUUGAUUCAGUGAACACUGACCCGUAUUUUGCUGGCAGCACUAGAAUUCAAUCUGUAGUCACUGUUACCUUGUAUCAUUACUCAAACAUUACCACCAUUCGUGUUUUUUAGCCAUGCCCUUUGUGAAUCUUCUAAAAAAUAUACUAGAGAAAUUAUAUGUUUCUCAGUGUUAUAUUCAGUAAUAGAUGUGUCCCUGCCCUUUAACUAUUCUGCAGGACCUUUUCCCGAGUAUAUACACUAGAUUUAAAAUUAAUUGCCAAAGUAUUAAGUCACUAUUUUGAAAAUCUAUUUUUUCCAGAACCCAUACAUUUUCAGUCAGUUUUUAAGGUCACCAUGAGGUAUAUCUGAUUUCGAUUUUUAGAUGUUCUUUCUUGAAAACUGACAGAUGUCAAGAGAUAAUUAUAUUCUUGAACCCUUUUGUAUCAAUGCAAUAGAUUA